AUGAAGAUCGAGUUACGAUUCCCAGAUGGACCACCAACGUCGCAGACCUCUCUCCCAGGCAGUGUACAUCCUACUCGACCAGGAUCUGCAGGCACCGCUAAUGGUCACUAUUUUAGCGAUCCGGACCCAUUGCUAGAGGAGAUUCUCAACGAGGAUUACAGUGAAGAAAUGGUAUGUAGCAACUACUAUAGCUUCCUAUUAAUUAAAUCUACCUAUAAAUCGAAAACUGAAAUUCAAAAAUAUAAAUUUAAAAUUGGGAUCAAGUUAAAUUGA